AUGAAGCAUUUUGCACGGCUGACGAUCCUAACUUUGCGCAAACGAGCACGGUCGGCGGAAAACAGUAUCGACGUCAAGUUGGUGUCACUGAACAAAUUAAAUUCACAUGCAGGGCGUCUUGAUAGUGAUGAGAAGUCGAUAUCCGCUCGUCAAGCUCUGUUUGACACGCUGACUCAAGAGAUAGAAGGACUAUUGACGAAACUGACGCACGUCAAUGAUGAGAUGAAUGAUGUUGUUGGAGCGCAAAGUUCGGCUGGUUGGGCGAUGAAUCCAGCGGUCCAGCAUACCCUCCGAAGGCAUCGUGAAAUUUUGAGAGACUACGGUACGGAAUUUCGCAGAGCCCGCGAUAAUGUGCAACAGCAACUGCAGAGAGAAUCAUUGCUCUCCGGUGGUGUGAGCGGAUCUAACCCGGAUGGGUCUUGUCUCAACAAUCGUGUCAAAGGCUCUGACUUAUAUCUCAAAGAAAAUGAACACAUCAGCAGCUGCGAUCGACUUAUCGAUGAGCAGAUGAGAGAAUCAUUGCUCUCCGGUGGUGUGAGCGGAUCUAACCCGGAUGGGUCUUGUCUCAACAAUCGUGUCAAAGGCUCUGACUUAUAUCUCAAAGAAAAUGAACACAUCAGCAGCUGCGAUCGACUUAUCGAUGAGCAGAUGAGCAUAGCAAUGGCGACAAAAGAAAAUUUACAACGUCAAAGUAUGAGCUUAAGAGGGAUCGGAAAGAAAAUGGACACUCUGGCCAAGAAAUAUCCCGAUGAUCAGCAAUGUAAUGCAGAAAAUUCAGUACAAGAAGCGAAAAGAUGCAGUAAUACUGGCAACAGUAGUGACAUGUUGCUUAAUAUUUGUGUUCUUCUACCUGAAGAGUUGAGCUGA